AUGACUCCUGAGGAGCAGGCAUCUUUUGCCAAUGAAAUCAGAAACUUCCCACCAAAAGAUAUCGACCGGUUACACCGUGUACUCUUUCGGCUCCAGGAAGACUUGGUCGACUUCACUCCUGGCGCGAUCAAGAGGGAGUACAAUGCGAUAUGCUCUGAAGAUAGGCAUGUGACCCAUCCAGAGGAUCCUUGUCUGCGGUGGCUGCUUGACCUACUCGAGACCGAUCCCGCCGCACCCCUGAACGAAAAGUUCCUCGACGUCUUACAAGAGGCGCAUAUUGUCCUGACGACCGAUGGGACCACAACAGAUGGCGAAACAGAUUACGACGCGGCAGGAAAUUCGCCAGCAUUCGGCCGAGGGUCCGAAGUGCCCGAGAGGAUUGAGUCUCCCGACUCUCUUGACGAAAACGAUCCUUUAUGGCAACAAGCCGUGGCCCUUGACAAUCGGAAAUUAGCAUCUCAAGCCCUCGAUCAAUGGCGACAGAAACUGCACCUUAAAAGAGAGGCGUGGCUAGACUAUGAGGACCCGGCGAUGAACAACUUUGCGGACAAUUUUUACCUGCACAGCUUGGCCAGAAAGACCCUUAGCCACUGGGGAAACAUUGUCAGAGAGAUUCAAGAGAUGGAUAGAGUUGCGGAUGAGUUCCGAGCCCGGCGAGAUGCAGCAUCCGCCCUCAAGCAAUGGACAUUAGCAUCUCGUGAACGACUUUUUGUCAGGGUGCGAGACGAAAGGAUUAUCAAUAAAGUGUUUGGGACAUGGCGGGACAAGUCCAGACGACUACACGAGAUGGAAGCCGCUGCCGACGACUUCCGGGAUCGCCAGGCGGUUCGGAACGCCCUUGGAAUGAUGUUGGCCAAACGGGUUCAAAUCAAACAGGCAGAGCGCCAAGCUGUGUUCGUUUACCAAGACAAUCUGGUGCGGCGGAUAUUCAACAGAUGGCUUGCACAGUUGCAACACAUACAACUCAAUGAAAGACGAGCGGAUGCCGCUGCAGAGUAUUUCGCAAGCAAACACGUCCUCCAGAAGUGGCGCGACAAAACUCGACUACUCCAAGAAGAGAAAACAGGGCAAGAAGCUCGCCGAAAGCUCCUGGGUAUGAAGUAUAUCCGCAGAUGGAGAGCAUUCACUAGGAGGAGUAAAGAAGAAAAGUAUGCAGAGGCCUAUAAGAUCAUGAGGAGGAAGGUCAAGGUGAAUAUCGCUCGAGCUGCUCUUCGUCUGUGGCGAGAGAAGACUGCGCGAAUCCGAGAGAUGAACAUAGCAGCCGACGAGUUUCGAGUGAGAAAGGAUGCGGACGGUGCCAGACGCAUGGCCCACACCGCCAUUGUCACAAUGUACAACAAGACUACACAACUACAAGAAUCGAACCGCCAGGCAGACUUGUUUUUCAACCAGAAACUAGUUGACCGUUUGCAAAUCUUUGGCUCGAACUGGCUUCUUCCGACCAGGCAAAUCCUUGAGAAUCAGAAAAAGGCGGAUGAGUACCGUGCCACGCGGACGGCCAGCUACGCGUUGCAGACACUGAGGAGCUGGCGAAAUGCGGCAUUCAGGUUCAAGAGGCUAGAGGAAGACGCCGAUGUUGUCUUGCAGCGAAAUGAGAAGAAAAGGGCACUAGGGUUUCUGCAAAAAUGGAGACGAGCAGCCGCUCAAGGGCACGGGGAAGAAGAAAGACGCGAAGAACGGUUAAUUCCAGCCACACCGGCGGCAAGAAGGAGUCAACUACUCGCCUCUACCACACCGGCUUAUACGCCUGCUACUGGGUUAUUCGACCGUGCCCGGGUCGUUGUGGAUGUGGACGAAGACUAA